AAACGGUCGCGACGCUAGGACGUGUUUCACUGUACUUUUAAGUGUAACUUCCGAUCGACCAGAUGGCGGGAAAAGUUGUGCGCGUAAACGGAAUCAACCCGAGAUAAUUACCAUCUCAUCUUAGCACUAUAGCAAGGAUUCCACCAACCAAUCUGUUUUACCAUGCAAAGUGUGUUGCCGUGUGUGCGUGAAAAGGAUACCGACCGGCACUAAUUGCAUACUCUGUGAUGUUUCUUAGUGAACAACAACAACAACAGCUACAAAUGGCUCCAUUCAGCUCUAGGAUAGUUAAUGUUUACCCUUUUCCCCCCACGGAUGAUCGUUUGUGCUCGAAAGUAGUCGUUUGCAUCACCAAGCCCUGAAUAGAUUUGUAUCAUCAUCGCAAGGACAAACACGGAUUACGCCAGACUGAAAAAACACCAAACGAGGUGGCGGUGGCGCAGGAGAAAAAAGUUUGCAAAUGAACCAAGCUCAUGAAUUAUGAUAUUUGGAUUUUCAAUUAAAUUGAACAAGGCUCUAUUACACACGCAUGACGUGGUAGCUAGAGAAGUAUACGGCGAAGAAGCGCUACGGGUAACACCACCACCGAUCGCACCCUACCUAAAUGGAGGCAACGACGAGAUCGACAACGGUGACGCCUCCGACCAGCAGCACGUCACGCGUGUCCGGCUGGUGCAGUUCCAGAAGAACACCGACGAACCGAUGGGCAUAACGUUGAAGAUGACCGAGGACGGCCGGUGCAUCGUCGCCCGGAUCAUGCACGGUGGCAUGAUCCACCGGCAGGCGACACUGCACGUCGGGGAUGAAAUCCGCGAAAUCAACGGCCAACCGGUACAGCACCAGACCGUCAGUCAAUUACAGCGAAUGCUGCGGGAUGCACGCGGGUCCGUCACGUUCAAGAUAGUUCCUUCCUAUAGAAGUGCCCCACCACCGGUUGAGCUGUUCAGGAUAAGACCGGCGCCCGUUUUAGUUGAUCAGAUUUUCGUUCGUGCCCAGUUCGACUACGACCCGCUCGACGACGAGCUGAUCCCGUGUGCACAGGCGGGAAUAGCUUUCCGUGUGGGUGAUAUUCUGCAGAUCAUCAGCAAAGACGACCACCAUUGGUGGCAGGCCCGCCACGAUGCCGCCGGAGGUUCGGCCGGAUUGAUACCCUCGCCGGAGCUUCAGGAGUGGCGCAUUGCCUGCCAGUCGGCGGACAAAACCCACAAGGAACAAGGAGAGGUAGGGCCCGGUUGUUCGGCUCACGCGGAAGGAUGUGACGGAUCGACAGCAGUUAAUUGCUCAAUAUUUAGCCGUAAAAAGAAGCAGUGCCGAGAUAAGUAUCUAGCCAAACACAAUGCCGUUUUCGAUCAGCUGGAUCUGGUGACCUACGAAGAGGUAGUCAAAGUUCCUGUGGGCGAUCCGGCCUUCCAGCGGCGAACUCUGGUGCUACUCGGAGCUCACGGUGUCGGUAGACGUCAUAUCAAAAAUACCCUCAUAGCAAAGUAUCCGGACAAAUACGCUUACCCAAUACCACACACCACCAGACAGCCGCGGCCGGACGAGGAAAACGGUCGCAGUUACUACUUCAUAUCACACGACGAGAUGAUGGCGGAUAUUGCGGCCAACGAGUACCUCGAGUACGGCACCCACGAGGACGCCAUGUACGGCACCAAGCUGGAGACGAUACGGCGGAUCCACGCCGACGGCAAAAUGGCAAUCCUGGACGUCGAACCACAGGCCUUAAAAAUACUGCGCACAGCCGAAUUCACACCGUACGUUGUGUUCAUCGCGGCGCCGCUACUGCAAAACAUCGCCGAUUAUGACGGAAGUCUUGAGCGUCUGGCCAAGGAAUCGGAUAUGUUGCGAUCGGCCUACGGGCACUUUUUCGAUCUGACAAUCGUCAACAACGACAUCGGCGAAACGAUAGCGUUGCUAGAGAACGCAAUCGACAAGGUGCACUCCACGGCCCAGUGGGUCCCGGUGUCUUGGCUGUACUGACAAGAUAGUGAGCUAGAAUGUCCGGCAUGCUUGGGGGAGGAAUGCGACUGCGACUGUGACUGCGAGCUAGAUCUUAAGUAGAUGCGCCCGACCGGGAUAUGUUGACACGACACCAGCUCCACUAUACAAAUGAAAUAACCUGCUGCAAAUAAAAUGCAAAAUAAUACAAAAAACAGGCAACACAAAACGGUACUUGAGCUCGAUAGAUAAUACACCAUACUAAAACUAAAAAAACACACCCACACCUACAAAGAAAUAAUCUUACCAACACAACAAUUGUUUAGUGCAGCAUAUAAGCAAAUCCCAAAUCGAUCCAUGUUACACGAAUAGAAUCGAUGAAAAGCAUGCAAAGCAGUUAUGUAUAUUGAAAUGUUUCGAAAGUCUAGUUAUUGUUUUAAUCAAAACAAAAAAAAUCUACUACUACUAGGUCGUCAACACGAGAAAUGGCUGAUUUUAUAUUGUACCAAUAGUAGACCCCAUUAACACAAACUCAUCUACGUAUGCUACUACUAUUGAAACGUAAUCAUUUUUCAUCGAACCGGAUCGGAUCACUUCAUUUGAGUUGAGUGUCAUUAUUGAUAGUAGGAAGAAAUCAAAACAAGCAAAAAACGCACGCAUUUACGUCUGAAGUCAAAAACAAACAAAUGGAAAAUCAUCGAAUUUCAAGAGAAAAAAUACAACAACAAAAGGAAGGAGAAAGAAAAGCAACAGCACAAAAGAAAACAAAACAAAGACACAAUUACUUGCGCAGCAAAUUUAUCACUUUUACGCACGAAAAGAUAGUGGAAACGCUGCAGGUUAGUUUGCUGACGAGCAACAGUUUAAAAACAACAAGUUUAACUAAUAACGAAGUGAUAGAGAUAAAACAAAACAAAAAGCGCGCAGGUUAGGUUGAAGAAAUCCCCGCGAUGAAAGAAUGUUUAGGAAGAUUAUGGAGAGGAUGGUAAGAAGGAUAAAAGUAAACAAACUCUGAAGCAGAAAUAAAAGAUGGAGAAUAUUAGUUAGACUUAAUAUUAACCAAAAAACAAAUGUUAACAUGAUUAUUAAUAAUUAAAGGUAAACAAAAUUACAAUUAAAGAAAGAGGUACGAGAAGGCAAAGCUGUAGCUUGCGAGAUAAUAAAAGAAACUCAUUUAUUUAAAUCCAGAAGUAAACGGUACACAGGUGGGAUAUGUGCAACAGAAGGGUGUCCCGUUAGAAACAGAUUUUUAUUGAGACAUCAGAAACAGUAAGCAAAGCAGCAAUUCCUUGAAUUAUGUACGACGGGGGGAAAGGGUUUGAAACCAAAAAAAAAAAAAAUAGUCAAAAUUUCAAACAGUAGUAAAUAAAGUAUUGGAAAGUUUCAGGGUUCAAUGAUUUAACUUAACAGAACACAAACACACACAAAACAACAUAAAACGUAGUAGAGGAAAGGCGACAUAGUGCUCAAGGUGAGAAAGGAACUAAUCAACGUACAGUUUAAUUUACCUUGUUUAUAGACGAAAUGCCGAUCGGAGUGUUAAAGUUUCGAGUCGAAUUGGCGGGUUCGUAGGAAUAAUGAACAUAUUAAAUCGCAUUUCAUUAAAUCCACUUUUGCACUUAUAAGUCCGGCCUUUGUUGUUAACAGAUGUAGGAAAGGAUGUUAAAAAAGAUAGGUUAUAACUAUUAGAGGGAACAUCCCGCUUCCAGCACCGAUGGGUUAUCUCGAUUUUACGUGUGAUAGGUUCAUUAGUUUGAUAUUUAGUGCCUCGGGUACAUAUAUGUCAAAGUAAUAUGUUACAAUACUUUAGAACGAAAUAACAUGAUUCGAUCAGUGAUUGGAGACAGUGGCAGUUCGCUCCCUCUAGUAGUUAUAAUCUAAUUCGAUGUUAAGUUUGCCCAUUUCAUUCGCUAUAUUUCGAAGCCGAACCAUUGGAUUGAUAACGUAUGAUUUCGAUUUAUUCUCUGAAUAAAGACUCGGAGUCUCAAUAUUUUACUUAUCAUUUACCUGUCAGUGUCAUUCCAAUCGAACACGAGACCUGUUAAAAGCAUUCAAACCGAGAAAAACCUACCAGUCCUUGAACAAGAACAAUUGACAAAUCUCUUGUUGGAUUCGAUUGGCACUGACAGAUAAAUGGUAAACAAUAGAUCGAGAUGUCAAGUUUUAAUACCAGGUUCUAUGCUGAUACUUCUGGACAUGGCGAAUUUAUUAAUUUAUUAAGUUUGUGAACCAAACGAAUAUAGUUCCGUUGCUGAUGCAGUGUCAGACAGUAUUUGACAAAUUCUACAAUUUUCGGAUCAACAUUAAAACGUUGGUAAUGUGACCAGACGUCCUGGAUUAGGCGGGGUAGUUCCGGAUUUCAAGGUAUUGUCCCGCAUGGUAAAACGUGCCGGAAAUUGUCCCGCAUUUACCAAAACACUGAUUUUUAUUCCAAAAUAUCCAUAUUGUGCACUCAAUUUAUGCUGAUUGCCACGGUGCCCUUUUCGACUUCGAAUGUGAGCCAGAUCAUGAGCCUCAACGAAAAGUCUUACACAAGUAGUGCAAAAAUUCGGAAAACGUAUGUCGUUAGUAGGUGUUAUGGGCCCGUCCCACAACGUCAUUGUUGGACUCGUGUUGAACGACUUUGAAACAUUUUUUGGGCUUUUCAGUGGGACUGAACGGUUGUGGAAGAAACCGUUCUAACCCACAGAGAAGCCCAAAAAAAUGUCUCACAAUCGCGCAACAAGAAGGGAAUACAGAAUGUGUUCAGUAAGGAUUCCAUGUCAAAUUCAACAACCGAAUAUGAAAACGGUUGGAGCGGGACCCUCUAAGAACGGUUGAUGCCAGAUGCCGGUUGAAGGACGUUCGUUUGACCAACGUGGGACGAUGUGCAAAUUACCGUUCAACAAACGUCCAUCGUUGAACCCGCGUUGAACGAUUUUGAAACAUUUUUUUGGGCUUCUCGGUAGCUUGGAAUACUGACUCCAUUCAGAAUUCCAAACCGGUUGCGUAAUGGGUUUAACUGGGACGUGGUACUUGUUCCCAUUAAAGUUCAGCCGGAAAUGAGCCAGUUGGUACUCCGGCUCCAGUGACAUAACCGAUUCUAGUUAGAAUUUCAUUUCCGGCUGAACUUUGAUGGGUUCCCACUGAGACGUCCAAAAAAUUGUUUCAAAAUCGUUCAACACGGGUCCAACGAUGGACGUUCGUUGAACGGUUAUUUGGACGUUGUCCAAAUUGGUCCAACGAACGUCCUUCAUUGGACGAUUUUGAAACCAACCGUUUUAGAGGGUUGUAUUUAUUGUUCAACCUUAAGGUGCAUUAAGGUGGCACCAAGCACUUCUUUUGUACUGCAAAAACUGCCAGCAUUAGUAUCGGUCAUAACAGCAAUGUAUCUCUUGCAGUUUGCGUGAAGCAACACAAAAUCUUACCGCGCAAACUAUAACAACAAAAAACACAAAAUUAUUUCCGGACAGUAUAAUAAUCAAAAACAACUAUGAAUCAGUUAAAUAUACAACAAAAACUGCAAUCACGAAAAUACAAUAUAAUCAGCAAACUUUUCGAUUUUGAUAAACACACUAAAGCAAGCACAGAACCCCCAUAAUAGAGGCCGAAGAAACGGAACAAAAACCAAAUUACUCGUAGAAGAAGCGUUCAACAGAUAUUUGCAUACAAUAAAAAAAUGCUCGUGUUACAUCAAAAUCUGACAGCAACACAAAUUUUUAGGAAAAAGGGAACAGUUGAGCAAACAACCGCUUAAAAAGAAUCCAAAAACGAGAGCUAACUUUUGGGGGCAGACUACUAUGAUGAACAAAAGCAACAAUAACGGAAAGAUCAUCAAAGUCGAAUGAUGGAAAAGGGAGAAAACACGUAAACAGAUAGUGUAUUGUAAUAAUAUUAUUUUAUUAGUUUUUUGUUUUUGGAUGAGAAAAAAUUCUAAUAAAAUGAAGUUAAUAUAAAA